AUAUAUUCGACUUUAUGGGAGAAAAUUUAGCAAAGAAGAUCAUGUUCUUUUUAUUAAGUUAUUGUAUGAGUUGGUGUCAAUUCCGAAACUGGAAAUCAGUAUGAUGCAGGGAUUUGCCCGUCUCUUGAUCAACUUGUUAAAGAAAAAGGAACUUCUUUCAAGAGAUGAUUUAGAGUUACCUUGGAGACCACUUUAUGACAUGGUGGAAAGAAUAUCAUAUUCCAAGACAGAGCACCUAGGCCUGAAUUGGUUUCCGAAUUCUGUAGAAAAUGUUCUCAAAACACUCGUGAAAAGCUGCCGACCAUACUUUCCAGCAGACGCAACUGCAGAAAUGUUGGAAGAAUGGCGGCCUUUAAUGUGCCCUUUUGAUGUAACAAUGCAAAAGGCCAUCACUUACUUUGAAAUAUUCCUUCCUACCUCUCUUCCUCCAGAACUUCAUCAUAAAGGUUUUAAACUUUGGUUUGAUGAAUUAAUUGGCCUUUGGGUUUCAGUGCAGAAUCUCCCACAGUGGGAGGGGCAACUGGUGAAUCUGUUUGCGCGACUGGCUACGGAUACCAUAGGGUACAUAGAUUGGGACCCAUAUGUACCGAAGAUAUUUACAAGAAUUUUGAGAAGUCUAAACCUCCCGGUGGGAAGCAGUCAAGUGCUGGUUCCAAGAUUUCUAACAAACGCGUAUGACGUAGGGCAUGCUGUGACAUGGGUCACCGCCAUGAUGGGUGGACCAAGUAAGCUGGUGCAGGAACAUUUAUCUGGCUUGUUUAACAGCAUCACAUCAUUUUACCACCCUUCAAAUAACGGGCGCUGGCUGAGCAAGCUGAUGAAGCUACUGCAGAGGUUGCCGAACAGUGUUGUUAGAAGAUUGCAUCGUGAAAGAUACAAGAAGCCCUCUUGGCUGACUCCUGUGCCUGACAGCCAUAAGCUCACUGAGCAGGACGUUACAGACUUCGUGCAGUGCAUUAUUCAGCCUGUGCUCUUGGCUAUGUUUAGCAAAACGGGCAGUCUAGAAGCAGCCCAGGCCCUGCAGAAUCUUGCACUCAUGAGGCCCGAGUUAGUGAUACCCCCUGUACUUGAAAGAACAUACCCAGCGUUAGAGACAUUAACAGAGCCUCACCAGCUCACGGCUACUCUCAGCUGUGUGAUUGGAGUAGCCCGAAGCUUGGUGUCAGGAGGCAGAUGGUUUCCUGAAGGCCCGACACACAUGCUACCUCUGUUGAUGAGAGCGCUGCCUGGGGUGGACCCCAACGACUUCAGUAAGUGCAUGAUCACAUUCCAGUUUAUAGCAACAUUUUCUACUCUGGUGCCUUUAGUGGAUUGUUCAUCUGUACUCCAAGAAAGAAACGACCUCACUGAAGUGGAACGAGAGCUUUGUUCAGCCACAGCUGAGUUUGAGGAUUUUGUCCUACAGUUUAUGGACAGAUGCUUUGGACUUAUAGAAAGUAGUACAUUGGAGCAAACAAGAGAAGAGACCGAAACUGAGAAAAUGACUCACUUGGAGAGUUUGGUGGAGUUAGGUCUGUCCUCCACGUUCAGUACAAUCCUUACACAGUGUUCCAAAGAAAUAUUCACGGUGGCCCUUCAGAAAGUUUUUAAUUUUUCUAUUUCACAUAUAUUUGAAACAAGAGUAGCAGGCCGCAUGGUGGCAGACAUGUGUCGUGCUGCCGUGAAGUGCUGUCCAGAAGAGUCUUUGAAGCUGUUUGUUCCCCACUGCUGUGGAGUUAUAGCCCAGCUGACCAUGAAUGAUGACGUAUUGAACGAUGAGGAACUAGACAAGGAGUUACUGUGGAAUCUUCAGCUUUUAUCUGAGAUUACGCGAGUGGAUGGGAAGAAGUUGCUUCUUUAUAGGGAGCAGCUUGUAAAGAUUCUCCAGAGAACCCUGCAUCUAACCUGUAAGCAAGGCUACACCCUGUCUUGUAACCUCCUGCAUCAUCUUCUUCGGUCCACGACACUCAUCUACCCCACGGAGUACUGCAGUGUGCCAGGCGGCUUUGAUAAGCUGCCUCCUGAGUACUUUCCUAUCAAGGACUGGGGCAAACCUGGGGACUUGUGGAAUCUGGGAAUCCAGUGGCAUGUUCCUUCUUCAGAGGAAGUGUCUUUUGCCUUCUAUCUUUUGGACUCCUUUCUUCAGCCUGAGCUCAUCAAAUUGCAGCAUUGUGGGGAUGGAAAGCUUGAAAUGUCUAGAGAUGAUAUUCUGCAGAGUCUGACGAUAGUGCACAACUGUCUAAUUGGCUCAGGGAAUCUCCUGCCUCCGCUGAAAGGAGAGCCAGUUACUAACUUGGUCCCGAGCAUGGUGUCCUUGGAGGAGACUAAGCUGUACACCGGGCUGGAGUAUGAUCUAUCCAGAGAGAAUCACCGGGAAGCGAUUGCUAGGGUCAUAAGGAAACUUCUUAAACAUAUACUUGAUAAUUCAGAAGAUGAUACAAAGUCUUUGUUUCUUAUCAUAAAGAUUAUUGGAGACCUUUUACAAUUCCAAGGAUCUCACAAGCAUGAAUUUGACUCCCGAUGGAAAAGUUUCAAUUUAGUAAAGAAAUCAAUGGAAAAUCGGCUGCACGGGAAGAAGCAGCACAUCCGAGCGCUGCUCAUCGACAGGGUCAUGCUGCAGCACGAGCUACGAACGCUAACUGUUGAGGGCUGUGAGUACAAGGUGAUACAUCGGGAUAUGAUCAGAGAUCUCCUGCGGUUGUCUACCAGCUCAUACAGCCAGGUCAGAAAUAAGGCGCAGCAAACUUUUUUCGCAGCCUUGGGAGCGUACAACUUCUGCUGCCGAGACAUUAUUCCCUUGGUUUUGGAGUUUUUAGAACCUGGUAGACAAGGUGUCACACAGCAGCAGUUCAAGGGUGCCUUGUAUUGUCUCCUUGGAAAUCACAGUGGUGUGUGCUUGGCAAACCUUCACGACUGGGACUGUAUUGUACAGACGUGGCCUGCGAUUGUUUCCUCAGGGCUUAGCCAAGCAAUGUCGCUGGAAAAGCCGUCCAUAGUGAGACUGUUUGAUGAUCUUGCAGAAAAGAUUCACAGACAAUACGAAACCAUUGGUCUGGACUUCAUGAUUCCAGAGUCCUGUGUUGCAAUAGCAGAAUUACUUCAGCAGUCGAAAAAUCCUUCUACCAACCAAACACUGCCUACCCCAGAGAAAAUUAAAGGAGGAUUUCAACGCCAACAAGAGAGGAAUGCUGAUGCCCUGAGGAACUAUGAAAAUUUGGUCAACGCGUUGCUAGAUGGUGUGGAACAAAGAAAUCUGCCCUGGAAGUUUGAACACAUAGGAAUUGGUCUUCUGUCUCUGCUCCUGAGAGAUGACCGUGUGCUGCCUCUGCGUGCUGUGCGGUUUUUUGUGGAGAAUCUCAACCACGAUGCGAUUGUAGUUCGAAAGAUGGCUAUCUCAGCUGUUGCUGGUAUUCUCAAGCAGCUAAAAAGAACUCACAAAAAGAUGACCAUUGACCCCUAUGAAAUCAGUGGAUGUCCUAAACCUGCCCAAGUUCUUGCUGGUGAUAGGCCUGAUAAUCGUUGGUUGCAUUAUGACAGCAGCACUGUACCAAGAACUAAAAAAGAAUGGGAAACAAGUUGCUUUGUUGAGAAAACUCACUGGGGCUACUAUGCUUGGCCAAAGAAUAUGGUGGUUUAUGCUGGUGUGGAAGAGCAGCCUCAGCUUGGCAGAAGCAGGGAGGACAUGACAGAGGCAGAACAGAUUAUAUUUGAUCAUUUUUCUGAUCCUAAAUUUGUUGAACAGUUAAUUACUUUUCUAUCUUUAGAAGACAGAAAAGGAAAAGAUAAGUUUAAUCCCCGACGUUUUUGCCUCUUUAAGGGAUUGUUUAGAAAUUUCGAUGAUGCCUUUCUGCCACUCCUGAAGCCCCAUUUAGAACGGUUGGUUGCAGAUUCUCACGAAAGUACCCAGCGAUGUGUUGCAGAAAUUAUAGCCGGCCUAAUCAGAGGUUCAAAGCACUGGACAUUUGAAAAGGUAGAGAGCCUCUGGGAGCUUCUGUGCCCCCUGCUGAGAACAGCCUUGUCCAGCAUCACAGUGGAAACCUAUAGCGACUGGGGAGCCUGCAUAGCCACAUCCUGCGAAAGCAGAGAUCCUCGGAAACUUCACUGGCUUUUUGAGCUGCUAUUAGAAUCACCACUGAGUGGCGAAGGAGGAUCCUUUGUAGAUGCAUGUCGCCUUUAUGUGCUACAAGGUGGACUCGCCCAGCAGGAGUGGAGAGUGCCCGAGCUGCUGCACAGACUGCUCAAGUACCUGGAGCCCAAGCUCACGCAGGUGUACAAGAACGUCAGGGAGCGGAUUGGGAGUGUGCUGACCUACAUAUUCAUGAUAGAUGUUUCUUUGCCAAAUACUGCACCAACAACAUCCCCUUGUAUCCCUGAGUUUACUGCUCGUCUCCUAGAGAAAUUAAAGCCCCUCAUGGAUGCGGAUGAAGAAAUUCAGAACCAUGUCAUGGAGGAAAAUGGUGUUGGUGAAGAAGAUGAGCGAACUCAGGGUGUUAAACUCUUAAAAACCAUACUGAAGUGGCUGAUGGCGAGUGCAGGAAGGGCCUUCUCCGCAGCAGUCACAGAGCAGCUUCAGCUUCUGCCUCUGCUGUUUAAGAUUGCCCCAGUGGAGAAUGACAACAGCUAUGAUGAACUGAAAAGAGACGCAAAGCUGUGUUUAUCACUGAUGUCUCAGGGGUUGCUUUAUCCUCAGCAAGUGCCUUUAGUGCUUAAGGUGCUAAACCAAACAGCAAGAAGUAGUUCUUGGCAUGCAAGAUACACAGUGCUGACCUACCUCCAGACCAUGGUGUUUUAUAACCUUUUUAUUUUCCUGAACAAUGACGAUGCAGUUGGAGACAUCAGGUGGCUGGUUAUAAGCCUUUUGGAGGAUGAACAACUAGAGGUUCGAGAAAUGGCUGCAACCACCUUAAGUGGUCUCCUCCAGUGUAAUUUUCUGACCAUGGACAAUCCUAUGCAGAUUCAUUUUGAGCAACUUUGCAAAACAAAACUACCUAAGAAGAGAAAGAGGGACCCUGGCUCUGUGGGCGAUACCAUUCCUUCUGCAGAGCUGGUGAAGCGCCAUGCGGGCGUGCUGGGGCUCGGGGCGUGCGUGCUUUCGAGCCCCUAUGACGUCCCCACCUGGAUGCCUCAGCUCCUUAUGAAUCUCAGUGCCCAUCUGAAUGAUCCUCAGCCCAUUGAGAUGACUGUGAAGAAGACAUUGUCCAACUUCCGAAGGACACACCAUGACAACUGGCAGGAACACAAACAGCAGUUCACAGAUGACCAGCUGCUCGUCCUCACGGAUCUCCUUGUGUCCCCGUGCUAUUAUGCAUAGGAGGACGGCCGGUCCUCAGCUCGGGCUCUUCUGGUCACGAAUCCCAGCUCCUCAGGUACCAUCUGUGGUGGCCUCUGCAGGGCGAGACGCUCUGCCUCUUCUGAGCGCUCUUCGAUUUGGUGGUUUCUGUGUUGGGUCUCCGUGGUCUGCAUUCACAGGUCCUCAGCUGCCAUUUGUUUCUUAACUUGUCCCAAAGUGUUUCCAGAGUAUUGAUCACUCUUUGAAGCAUCUGACAGAGGCUCAGACUACAAAUAAAUUUCCCGUAUGAUCAUGGCAUCCAAGACCAAGCAGAGUCUAGGAAUUCAUUCAGAAAAUUUUCUUGGAGUGAAGAGUUCCCACCAGUUAUACAGGUCCUGUCAUUUCAUUCAUCUCAAGUUAUUUUGGUUUCUUCCCCAAUGACUAUUGGGCUUAGACGGCAGUGGUCACGGGCCGAACACCCAAUGCCUGAGAGCCACGAGGAGGAGAGGGCGGAAGCAGCCCAGCCCCGGGCCCAGCACGGCCGACAGACCCUCGGCUGCCUCUCAGCGUGGAGCCCUGUGCUCCCCACUGACCAGGUUUCUGGUGCUGAAUAGAGCCAGCUGCUGAAGAACUGGGGGUUUGGUGAAUUAAUUUUUGAUUGUUGUGUGUGCAUACAAUGUGUGAUUUUUUUUUUUUUUUUUGAGAAUAAAUAACAGUAAACACCCUGGCUGAUUGGUUUUUACCUGUAUUCUUUACAAAUAUUGUUUGACCCUCUUUGAAAAUGUUACACUUCACCAAAAUGAACAACUGCUGUAUUUGUGAAAAUUCUGUAAUUUGUUGCUUUUUAUUUUAUUAUUUUUUAAUUUUUUGCCUGCCGAAUCGUUGAGAAACUAAUAAGGCUUGGUAUUUAAUUGACUUGUUUACUAUCUGUUACAUAGAUGUAAAAGACUGUAUAAACUGUAGAGCUAGCUCAGCGAGAUUGUACAGAUAGGGCCCUUCACAGCUCCUUUGUGUAAUUGAUUUGUAAAGACUCACAUGUAGCUCUUUAUUACAGUGAUUUGGGGCUUUUAUACCCACUGAAUGCCAUUUUUGUGUUUCUAAAUUAUUUUCUUUAUCAUUUUAUGUUUUAAAAGCUAAAACAUGGGGGUUUUAGUUCUCUUGCCAUUAGUGUCUGGAUUCUAUGUAGCUUUCUGUGUGCGUCUCUAAGUGCUCACACGUCUGCCCGUGGCAGAUCUAUAGGAUGCAAGCUUAUCUGCUAGGCUGAGGUAACUUACAGGUUGGCAAAUGUCGUCUUGCAACAGCCCUGUGCAGUCUCCCGUGCAGGGGCGCGUGGUGGCUGCGGAGGCCUGGGCCGCGGCGUCUGAGCUCGUGGCGGAGCCCUGUGCAGCGCAGUGCCAAAUGGACGAUUUCACUUGUGUAACUAGUUUAAAGCCCAAUAAAAGGAUUGUUUUUAA